UGGUAGGAGCUUAGAUCCGGGGACCUCCGCAGUCAUUUGAGGCUCGCAGUGGAAAGAAUUGGAAAUAUUUCCCGGUUGGAUAGUCGUCGACGUGGAGACAGACGCCGUUUUCUAAUAAAAUAGUCCGAGGACUUCAAGUUGUUUCAAUGCUUCGAUAUCGUUUUAGCUUUCAGCACUGUAAACAUCUAUUCGGUGGAAGAUAAUACGUACCCAGGCUCCUGGCAGCUGGGCCGUUACAUCACAUCGCAUCAUCGACCUUACAACCCUACCUAAGGUAGGUAGCAAAGACAACGCUCCGCGGGGAGAACACUUUUUGGCUCUUACACGAGCUGGUCAGACGGCCAACAAAAGCAACGUAGUAGUCUCAUCAAGAAUCAUGGCGACCGAGAAGCCAACGUGCCGCUGGGGAAUAGUAUCAACCGGGCUGAUAUCGUCCUGGUUUGUGGAAGACCUACAGCUCGAGCGACGAGACGCCAAAGCCAACCACAUCAUCCAAUGCAUUGGGUCGUCAUCGCUUGAAAAAGGACAGGCGUUCGUAGCCAAGCACUGUCCCAAGAUCAGGCCGACCAUCUACACAUCAUACGACGGAGUAUACACGGACCCGGACGUCGACUGCGUGUACAUCGGGACACCGCACUCGUUCCACAAACAGAACUGUCUCGACGCCAUCGCCGCGGGCAAGAACGUGCUCUGCGAGAAGCCGUUCGCGAUCAACGCGCGCGAAGCAAAGGAAGUGCUGGACGCCGCCAGACAAAAAGGCGUUUAUGUCCACGAGGCCAUGUGGCUUCGACACCGACCACUCGUGUUUCAUCUGAGGAAACUGCUGUACGAAGACAGAGCGAUCGGCGACGUGUUUCGCAUGAGGUCCGACUUUGCCAUGUUCAUGGAUAUCCCUAACUUGCCAGAUACGUCACGGUACAAGGACCUCGCGCUGGGUGCUGGAUCGUUGCUCGAUAUCGGUAUCUAUUCCCUGACAUGGGGAAUUUUGACACUAGAUCAGGACACGCCAUCCCGGAGUGAGGAUCCCAAGAUCCUUGCCGCGCAAACCCACGAAGACGGUAUCGAGGUGACUUCGAGUGUGAUUCUGCAGUAUCCUGCAUCCGGACGACAGGGGAUAAUCAGUUCUACGACAAUGUCGAAUGCCGUCUCUGAUCUCGUCUGUCGUGUCCAGGGUACUGAGGGGUAUAUCGAUGUCGAGGGCUCGGCGCCAUCUCACCCUGCUUCCUUUACUGUGUACAAGAAACAAAAGGGUGCCGCUGCUGAUGCCUUGGCUGAAGUCACGAGGUAUGAUUACUCGGAGUCGGCGCGGGGGUUUAUUUACGAGGCAGAUGAUACUGCGCUUGACCUGGCUGCGGGACGGAAAGAGAGUCCUAUCAUGCCGUGGAAGGAAACGAUUCGAGUCAUGGAGAUUCUUGAUGAAAUCCGCCGGCAGGGCGGGACCAGAUAUCCUCAGGAUGGAGAGUAGUCAUAUGCAUAACUAUAGUCGGUCGCAUCUGCUCUGACGCAAAAUAUAUGUAUCCUUUCGAAAAGCAUUCUUUCGUCGUCCCAGCCUGGCGACGGUACGGUUAAAGCAUCGCAGCCUCG